CGUCUCGGCGGCGGAGGCCGUUGCUGGGGCGGGGAGCGCGGCCGAAGUCGGCGGCAUGGAGCCGGGGUGGCUGCUGUGGGGAGCGGCGGUGCUGCUGCUGCUCCAUGUCCUGGCCGAGCUGAGCCCCGCCGUGGGCUUCGCGCUGCGCCUGGGCUGGUACUGCGUGCUCUGUGUGCUGGGCUCGCUGCUGGCCGCGCCCGCCUGCCUGCUGCUCAACGGCGGCCGCACCGUCCGCAACAUGAGAAUCAUCAAAAAUGUGGUCAAGACCUUCAAGUAUUUCUUCGGCCUGAGGUUUGAGGUGAAGGGACUGGAAAACUUCGAGGUAGAGGGCCCUGCUAUCAUUGUGUCCAACCACCAGAGCAUCCUCGACAUGAUGGGGCUGAUGGAGGUGCUGCCUGACAACUGUGUCCAGGUGGGCAAGAAGGAGCUGCUGUACACGGGCUUCGUGGGGCUCAUCAUGUACCUCGGUGGCGUCAUCUUCAUCAACAGGAAGAGCACCACCAGUGCCAAGAUGGUGAUGUCAGAGGUGGCCAAGACUAUGGUGGCUGAAAACGUGAAGGUGUGGGUGUACCCAGAGGGCACGAGGAACUGCACCGGGGACUUCCUGCCCUUCAAGAAAGGAGCGUUCCAUCUCGCUAUCCAGGCACAGGUCCCAGUGAUCCCUGUGGUUUAUUCCUCCUUCACCAGCUUCUAUAACCCAAAGAAGAAACUAUUUACAUCAGGCAAAAUCAAGGUUGAGGUUCUGCCUCCAAUCGAGACCAAAGGCCUGACAUCAGAUGAUGUCUCUGACCUCACUGACAGAUGUUAUCACACCAUGAGGGAGACCUUCUUCAUGCUGUCGGGCCGUCCAAGUGAGGCAAAGGACUCAUCUUAGAUGCUUCUCCAGUGGCGUUACUGUGUGGUGGUGGCUGAAGGGACCUGUCUGUUGCCAAAUCCCGAAGGGACUUCUCUUCCUCUGCAGUGACUUGUCACGCCGGGACACCAUGGACCAGCACACACGGGUGUCCAGCGAGCUCUGAGGUCCCCGUUGAGUGGAUUUCUCUUAUGAGUUCAUUGUCUCCCAGUGAAACGUCUCCUUUCCCUGAA